UUAAGUUCUCAUCCUAAUGCAGGGAAUGAUGCCUUCUUCAACUGCUCCGCCUCAGCCGUCGUUCGUCAAUACUCUACAGUGAGCUUCACAGACUGAGCAGGCUCUUCCGAGACAGGGAGAAAAUGGAUAUGGCCGCAACUAUAUCGACGAGCUCAUCCCUCUCCUCCAUUCUCAGAAACCCUCAAUUGCUCGCACCCUCCAAAUUCAAAUUCACGCCCCUCACAUCGUCGUCGCCUUCUUCCUUCCCUCUCCACUGUCCAAAACCCAUCUCCAUCUCCACGAGAUCCAGUGUUUCGCCCAUUCCCAAGUCCUUAGCGGAUGGCACCGCUUCCUCCUCCUCUCUCACAUCCAACUACCCCCUCUCAUCUCCUAAGAACCUCAAAUCUCGCCUCCAAAGUGGCGAAUCCCUUUAUGGCCUCUUCCUCCUCACCUUCUCUCCCACCAUUGCCGAGAUCGCAGGUCUCGCCGGAUACGAUUUUGUUGUUGUCGAUAUGGAACACGGUCACGGCGGCAUCUCUGAUGCGCUGCCCUGCCUACAUGCACUCGCUGCCGCCGGAACCGCCGCGAUUCUCCGGGUUCCCGAAACUUGCCCCACCUGGACUAAGAAGGCUCUCGAUCUAGGUCCACAGGGGAUCAUGUUCCCAAUGAUUGAGAGCGCGAGAGACGCUAAGGAAGCGGUUUCGUAUUGCCGGUUCCCGCCCGCGGGAAUUCGCGGCUCCGCCCACCCGAUUGUGAGGGCAUCAGGGUACGGGAUCGAUGAAGGGUAUUUGAAUAAUUACCAGGACGAGCUGCUGAUCAUGUGUCAAAUUGAAUCGGAGAAAGGGGUGAAGAAGGCUGGUGAGAUCGCGGCCGUUGAUGGGGUUGACUGCAUUCAGAUGGGUCCGUUGGACCUUAGUGCUAGCUUGGGGUACUUGUGGGACCCUGGUAACAAGAAGGUGAGAGAAGCGAUGAGGGCGGCUGAGAAAGCAGUGCUCGAGAGCAAGAAGGACAGCAAUGGCGGUGGCGGCGGAGCUUACUUAGCUGGGUUUGCGAUGCCGCAUGAUCCGGCCCUGGAUCUACGGUCACGUGGAUAUAGCAUGGUGUCUGGUGCUACAGAUGUGGGGUUAUUUAGAAGUGUCGCGGUGGAGGAUGUGCUGAUAUUUAAGACGAGCUUGAUGGAAGAGAGCUCUGAUGAUGAGCGUGGAGAUGACAAGGAUGGUGAUGAGAAGUAUUGGAGUGAAUGAGGGACGCCUCUGCUUGUUGCUUUUUGGAUGGUACUUUCUUUGUUUAUUUUUCUUGUUAGAUUACCUCAGCUUUGUAAAUGUGGCGAUUUUUAGUGUUUUUGGAUUAUUCACUCUGAGCUUCUUAGUUUCCUUGUCAUGCAUUGGUCUUGAAUCCAAGCUACAUGUUGACGGCUAAAAAUCUGUAAUGUAUUUGAGUAAUUUGACAACACCAUUGUUUUUCCUCGUAAAUAAUGGUGCAAAGGAGUAUCCUUGUUUGUAAUGGGGUUGUGUCGAUUGCAGACUUUUGGCAUCCGUCUAAACGCACCCUUAGGAAUUUCGUGUUCCAUUUUGAUGCUGGAGAGAGAGAAAUAGAGAAACAUUAGUCUUGUUUUCUUUUGAACGAUUCAACAAGGAAUACAUCAGUCUGGUAAAAAAAAAAAGACAAGGAAUACAUCAGCAGUCCCCCCC